UCAACCCCGUGGCUUUAUGAAAGGCGAAAUCCCUCCAUGAGCGGAGCAGCUGUCUAGAAACCCGUUUGUGAGAGAGAAGGAGCUCGCUUCGGAAGGAACCGGCGCUGAAGACGGUCUUAUUUCUCCGCCACAGUCCGCCCGGCUUGAGUUAUCCUGCGGCUACAAGUGAAGGCUAUCCGUAUCCCCCUUCCUCGUGCGCACUCGCCGCUUCAACAACACAAACCACGGGGACGAACCGACGGACGUAACGCAAGCCGAGAAGGGAAGUGGGCUCCGUCUUCUCUUUCAUCAGGCAGAUGCUCCCAGCCGCCCAGCUUGACAGGAGUGAUGGGAUGUGUCAACUAGCAGAUGAGACAGUCCUGGAUGAUGUAAUCGGACUGAGGGAUUCAUCUGCAGUGUUCACACCAGAGCGAGACGGAGGAGGGACAGAGAAAGAGGCAGAGGACGACGUCGUAGACACAAGGAUGGGCGUGGGGAAGAAUACAACCCCCAAGUCGAUGGACAGCAGCAGUGAGGGAGGAAAGUUCGAAGAGGAGAGCAAGCAUAGCGCAGAUUUCUACCCUAUUCCGGUGGUGGUGAACGGCGUGGGCGGUGCCAGUGGAGACCAGGAUACUGAGAACACAGAGCUGAUGGCCAUCUACACUAAAGAUAAUCAAGGAGCAGAAAAGAGCUCGAUGUCUGAGACAUUGGACAGCACAGACAGUACAGACGCACGGAGGAUGGACAUGAUCUAUACCAUAGAAGACACCCCACCCUGGUACCUGUGUGUGUUCUUGGGCUUACAGCACUACUUGACAUGUUUCAGUGGAACUAUCGCCGUGCCGUUCCUUCUCGCUGAGGCGAUGUGCGUCGGCUUCGAUCAGUGGGCCACCAGUCAGCUCAUUGGGACCAUCUUCUUCUGUGUGGGGAUCACCACCCUACUACAGACCACACUUGGCUGCAGGUUGCCUUUGUUCCAGGCUAGCGCUUUCGCCUUCCUCGCACCAGCCCGAGCCAUCCUGUCACUGGACAAAUGGAAGUGUAACACCACAGAGGUUGCAGUAUUCAACAGCACAGAGCUCCUCCACACAGAGCACAUCUGGCACCCCAGAAUAAGAGAGAUCCAAGGGGCUAUUAUCGUGUCGUCCCUGGUUGAGGUGUGUAUCGGAGCUCUCGGUCUGCCCGGGAUCCUGCUGAAGUACAUCGGACCUCUGACAAUCACCCCCACAGUGGCUCUUAUCGGCCUGUCUGGUUUUCAGGCCGCAGGGGAGAGGGCUGGAAAACAUUGGGGCAUUGCUAUGCUGACUAUCUUCUUGGUGCUGCUCUUCUCUCAAUAUGCCAGAAACGUUCACUUCCCUCUGCCAGUCUACAGAGCCAAGAAAGGCUGGACUUCCUACAGACUGCAGGUCUUCAAAAUGUUUCCUAUCAUCAUGGCCAUCCUGGUGUCAUGGCUGCUGUGUUUCAUUUUCACUGUGACUGACGUUUUCCCGCCGGAGGUAGACAAAUACGGUUUCUAUGCUCGCACAGACGCACGUCAAGGAAUCCUGGCAGCUGCACCGUGGUUUAAGAUCCCAUAUCCAUUCCAGUGGGGUUUUCCUACUGUAACAGCUGCAGGUGUGAUUGGCAUGAUGAGCGCGGUGGUGGCCAGCAUCAUCGAAUCGAUUGGAGACUACUACGCCUGUGCCCGUCUCUCUUGUGCUCCUCCACCUCCCAUUCACGCUAUCAACAGGGGGAUAUUUGUAGAGGGUAUUUCCUGUGUGCUAGACGGCCUUUUCGGGACAGGAAAUGGCUCCACCUCCUCCAGUCCAAAUAUAGGUGUCCUGGGAAUCACAAAGGUGGGCAGCAGACGUGUGAUUCAGUAUGGAGCCGCCAUGAUGUUGCUGCUUGGGCUCGUGGGUAAAUUCAGUGCCCUGUUUGCCUCUCUGCCCGACCCUGUCUUGGGAGCUUUGUUCUGUACCCUGUUCGGUAUGAUCACAGCGGUUGGACUCUCCAACCUGCAGUUUGUCGACCUCAACUCCUCCAGGAACCUCUUUGUUCUGGGUUUCUCCAUCUUCUUCGGCCUGAUGCUGCCGAGCUACCUCAAACAGAACCCGCUGGUCACCGGCAUCGUUGGGAUUGACCAAGUGCUGAACGUGCUCCUCACCACUGCCAUGUUUGUUGGAGGCUCUGUCGCCUUCAUUCUGGACAAUACUAUCCCUGGUACCCCUGAAGAGCGAGGCAUCAGGAAGCUGAAGCGCGGCACUGGUCUCAGUGCUGCAGAACUGGAAGGGAUGAGAUCGUAUGACCUGCCGUUUGGCAUGGACUUUAUCCGCAGACACCCCAUCUUCAAAUACUUCCCCAUCAGCCCCACCUUCCAAGGCUACCAGUGGGGGAGGCUACAGGAAUCCUGCAGGAGCAGAAUGGGACACAGGGAUUCUGUGAAGGGGGGAGGAAUCGGUGGAGAGGGAGGCACAGCGCCAGGGGAGAGUCGGGUAUAGCCAACAGGCUGGUGCUGCAAAAUUUCCUAUGCGGCUGAAUUUGGGGAGCAAGGGAUGGUACACUAAGAUAAAAGGAUGGGAGAGUGGAGGACAGAAGCGGUGCAGGAUUUGUGUGGAAAAAAAUGUGAUGCACCAACCCCCCCGUCAGUAUGUGUUUUCUUUAGCUUGUGUCAGUCUUCUCCCACUUCCCACUAUGCUAUUUUCAGCAUGCUAUAGCAAGUCACAGCAUGCUAUAAAAGAUGUCACCACACAGAGGUUAGUUGGUGUGUGUGCAUGUGUGUGUGCAGCAGGAGAAUGACGGGUUUGUGCAUUAAUUUAUUUGCACUUUAAUCCAGAGGGAAAUAGAUGGAAGUCAAACAAUCAGAGCUGAAUGUUUGAUGAUAACUGCCCAAUGUUAUAAAACAUUCUACUAAAAGCACAGUAGGUUUGAUUAUGUCAAUUGAGGAUUAUGCAGAAUUUCUGUUAGGAAUAAUUUGCCUCUAAACUGAUUAUGCAACCACAUUAGGGACACACACAUGUUCACAUACCAAUAGCCUCACCAGAACUAGCUUGAGCGCUACAAUGCACGUCGGGGUCAUGCAGAUAGAUGGAAGUGGUUAGUCAGGUGCCCUUAGCCAUGCAAAGUGAUUGUGAUUCUUUUUUUUAUUUUUGCACUAUCUGCCUCCUGAGUUCAACUCUGCAACUCAUGCCCCCAUUUCUUCAGUAAAACUCCUCAGAGACGCAUUUAGCAGCACAUCAUGUCAUCUUACAAGAAACUGACAUCCCUCAUUGUUCUGAUGUAUUAGAGCACUAACAUUCACGAGACCUCCAAUGUAACAUACCAGUUUACAUCUCUUUAAUGUGUCAGUAUUAUGCAUCAGUUACUAACAAGCCCACAACUCUACUGUUCAUCACACCCUCGUCUCAUUUGGCUGUCAAAUGGGACUUGUCUUUUACUUGAUUAUGGAACAAAAUUAGUUUUUAUUUUUACUGGAUAACCUUAAUUUGAAUAUUUUACAUCUCCUCUAACACAUGAAGGCACUUACAAAACAAAACAAGCUUUUAAUAAUGCCUCUACUGCUGUGAUGAAAAGUUACAUUAAUGGCACACAGUAACAGACAUGUGGCCUUGUCAGAGAUACCUUGUGUGCUUAAAUAUUAGUAGUGUUAAUGCUACUAAAAAAGAUAAAUGACGACAGGAGAAGAUCUGUGAUCCUCUGUGUGGAUCUUCUCUCACAGGUGUCACCUGUGCUCUGCUGUAAUGUGUGUUAAUGUAAGAUUUACACUUUAAUAAUACACCCCUGCCACUAUCCAAACCCACUGAUACUUCCAACAAUGCAUUCAGAUAGCACUUACAUGAAUAUACUAAGAAGAAAAGGUGGUGUUUUGGUUUGCAUAUGGAGUAUUUAAAGGUCCAGUGUGUAGCAUUUAGGGGGAUAUAUUGGCAGAAAUAUAAUGUAAUAUAUUAAGUGUGUUC